CUAUUAUUCUAAGCUCCUGUGUAAUUUCUGUGUCCCCCCGAGAAAGAGAAAAGUCAACGUCAUCAAUCCACAGUUCCAUUAUUCUCUGCAAUUAUCAUCUCUCUCUCUCCCUCUCUCUCUCUCUAAGCUUCUCUCUUUCGUCCUUCUCCACCGCCGCCUGCCACAAUUCAUGCUGUGAAGAGCUUGAAUCCCACGAAUGGGAAACGCCCUCAGAUUCCUGUACGGCCAAUGCGGUAAGCCGUCCGCCGCCGGAGACUCCGACUCUCUCGGCCCUCACGGCGUCUCCUCCGCGACCGUCGGCGUCUCGGCCUUCGCCCAGGAUCUGCUCAGCUUCGAGAUCACCUCCAAGGUUCCGGAGGGGCUAAGCAACCAUGUGGCUUCUUCAAGGAAAGCUCAAGCUAAUUGGUAUAGAAAGCUACUAGUGGCAUGGAGAGAAUCAAACCCACCUCCAAGAACACCUGAAGAAGCAUCAAGGCUUGUUGUCCAGACCCUGAAGGGGCAUCGGAAGGCUGAUGUUGAGGGUUUAUUGGGAUUCUAUGGCCUGCCUCUUCCGCAUGCCCUGGUUGAGACGACAGCUGAAGUUCCAGUGGCAUUGCCUCCAGGAGUUGUGUAUGAGUUUCACACACUUCCAGUGGAUGCAAGAGCUGUGGCUGAUGGGGACACCAUCACUGUGUACGUUAGCACUUCCGAUCCGAGAGAAUCGUGCUUGGUCCCACAAGAAGUCCAGAUUGCAGCCCUCGAAAGAUCAGAAGCCCGUGCUCAGAGGGACUACGCUCGUGCAGAUGCACUGCACAAAAGUAUUGUGGAUGCAGGAUAUCGGGUAAUAAAUAUUCAGAAUGAGGAAGUCCUUGCUCGGAAGUGCCGAAUUCGACUCAGGGGGAUAGAUGCUCCAGAGGGUUCGAUGCCUUAUGGCAAAGAGGCUAAGGACGAGCUUGUAAAGAUUGUGCAAGGAAAGUGUGUGAGAGUUCUUGUGUAUGGAGAAGAUCGAUACGGCCGGAUCGUAGGAGAUGUAUAUUGCAACGGCAUCUUUGUACAGGAGUUGAUGCUCAAGAAAGGGAUGGCGUGGCAUUACACGGCCUAUGACCAACGCGCGGAGCUUGCAAAGUGGGAGAAAAGUGCACGGGCAAAGCGCGUAGGUUUGUGGGCUUCCCCAAACCCUGAGGAGCCAUGGGAAUGGAGGAAGAAUAAACGAGAGGGGAGAUGACUUUUACCUGAAUCUGAUUCAGCCUCUUGCCAUUCUGGGGAACGCAGCUGGGCAAGCGUUGAUAUGCAGGGACUGCAAUCUACUCAUACCUUUCCGACUGAUGCAGAGAAGAAUAUGCUUGAUCAUCUGUUUUAUGUAUGCUAAUUAAGUGCAAAAAAGCUCGAACAGCCUUAGCCAACUCAUCAUAUAAUAUCAGGAAAGGAUUUAAUGUAUGGAGCUCUGUUAGUUCCAUGAGGUUGCGGAAGAUGUAGCAAUGAUUGAACAUUGAUAAUGGCGAAAAUGAAUCCUUGGAAAAUCACAGGGAUUGAUAAUGCCGAAAA